AGGACUUCACGGCCCCAGCUGGGUGCUUUUCGCUGCUUUACGGCUGAGUGACGUGGAACGUCAACACUGAAACAUGGCUGAGCCCGGGGAAUUGUCUCCGCUGUCCUCUCCCUCCCCACCACUGUCAUCCCCGGGAGCUGGAGACGAAGAGGAGACCGACAUCUGGGAGACGGAUCUAGCCGAGGCUCUUGAGGCAGGAGGUUGUGACCUGGAAACUGUAAGAAAUAUUAUACAAGGGCGGCCUGUCCCUUCAGACCUCAGGGCAAAAGUAUGGAAGAUCGCUUUAAACGUUGCAGGAAAAGGGGACAGUUUGGCAGCGUGGGACGGUUCUUUAGAUCUUCCAGAGCAGUCUGUCAUUCAUCAGGAUUGUCAAAAUCUUAUAGACCAGCUCACCAUACCCGAGGAGAGGAGACCAGUCGUUCUCCAGGACAUUGAAUCUGUAGUCACUUUUUAUUGUAAAUCCCGUAACGUCAAGUACCAUGAAAACGUCAGCUGGCUUUACCUACUGAAACCGCUGGUGGACCUCAACCUGUCACGGAGCGACUUCUAUAACUGCUUCUAUGCAAUCAUGAAUAAGUAUAUUCCAAGAGAUUGUUACAAGAAAGGAAAACCAUUCCACCUAUUCCGGCUUCUCCUCCAGUAUCACGAGCCCGAACUGUGUUCUUUCCUGGACACGAAGAAGAUCACACCAGAUCUUUAUGCACUUAAUUGGUUUGGUAGCCUCUUUGCCUAUCACUGCUCGGUGGAAGUCACCCAGGCGAUUUGGGAUAGUUAUUUACAGCAGGCAGAUCCAUUCAUCAUGUACUUCUUGAUGCUGAUCAUGCUUGUCAAUGUCAAAGAGGCUGUCUUGGCUGAAGAAAUGGAGUCUAAAGAAGAACUCAUAAAGUUCCUGGAAAGUCCACCUACUAACCUUGAUGUAGGAGACAUAGAAGAUCUGUUCAGUUUGGCUCAUCAUUACUACAUCAAGACUCCGGCUUCUUUUCGCAAGGACAACCAGAGCUUGUUCGGCAGCAGCUUGAUCGCUCUGAAAGACGACUCUGAUCUCAGUCAGGCUCUUUGUUUGGCAAUUUCUGUACCAGAAAUUCUUCAGGCAAAUCAGCAAGAGGAUGGCGUGCGGUUCUUUGUGGUGGAUUGCCGGCCUGCAGAGCAGUACAAUUCUGGCCAUCUCUCUACAGCGUUUCACUUGGACUCGGACUUGAUGCUACACAAUCCCGGAGAGUUUGCAUUGUCGGUGAAGUCUCUUCUAGAGGCGCAGAAGCAGUCCAUUGAGUCUGGCUCGGUGGCCGGAGGAGAACACUUGUGCUUCAUGGGCAGUGGCAGGGAAGAAGAAGACAUGUACAUGAAUAUGGUUCUUGCCCAUUUCUUACAGAAAAACAAGGAAUAUAUAAGUAUUGCCAAAGGAGGAUUUAUGGUGUUGCAGCAGCACCUGGCAGACAUGAAUGUAGACGGACCGGACUGUGGCUAUGGGCAUUGGAUUGUUAGUACAUCUGGAUCCCGGGGCAGUAUGAGCUCCUAUACAGAUGGCGAUUCUUCCAAUGGAUUUGGGGACGGCAAAGGGGUGAAGUCUUUAGUAAAUAAAAUGACGGUGGCAUUGAAAACAAAGUCUGUGAAUGUCAAGGAGAAAGUGAUCAGCUUUAUUGAGAAUACUUCCACCCCUGUAGACAGAAUGACUUUCAAUCUUCCCUGGCCAGAGAGGGCGAGUUUGGAGCGACACGUCAGCAGCAGCGACAGAGUGGGGAAGCCGUAUCGGGGUGUCAAACCGGUGUUUAGCAUUGGAGAUGAAGAAGAAUAUGACACAGAUGAGAUUGACAGCUCCUCCAUGUCUGAUGAUGACCGCAAAGAAAUUGUUAACAUUCAGACCUGGAUAAACAAGCCUGACAUCAAGAGCCACUUUUCCUGUCACGAGGUGAAAGAAAACGGACAUAUGUUUCUCAGCCACCUUCUGGUAACUGCCACCCACAUGUAUUGUCUGCGGGAGAUCCAGUCCAGAAAGGGAUUCGCUUACAUACAGUCGCGGCAGGCGCUCAGCUCGGUCGUCAAGAUUACGUCAAAAAAGAAACACCCUGAGCUGAUUACGUUUAAGUAUGGUAAUAGCAGUGCCUCAGGAGUGGAAAUAUUAGCAGUGGAGAGAUAUUUAAUUCCAAAUGCAGGAGACGCAACCAAAGCCAUUAAGCAACAGAUCAUUAAAGUCCUCGAUGCUCUGGAGAGCUAACACCUUCCCGAUAUCACAGAUACCUAAUGUCUGGACGAGAAAAAGACCUUUUUUAUUUGUUGGCAAGAUAAUAAAAAAGUUUAUUUAAUUUUCCUCCGGAUUCUCUUUCAUAACACUCCCUUUUACAUUAACUUUAUUUUUAAUUUUUUUUUGUAUAAGAAUAAUUCUGACAAGUGAACAUUUCUGUACUGAAGACGACUGUUUGCGGAGGAGAGAAGGUGAGGCGGUAGGUUCAGUGACGGAACGGUGUCUGUACAUGGGGAAUAACACUCAGGUUAGCAUACCUGCCAUGGUACGCAUCAGUAUUCAGAGCGGACGGUGUACAGAGAGGACUGUAUUACACACCGGAAGCCGAUUCACAUCUAAACCAAAUCCCUCUGACCGCAGUGCACUAACAAUGUGUCCUAUGGAGCUGUACGCCCGACAUGAAACAAACGAACUUACCCAAGGCUAGCGCUGUAUGCCGAGUUAUAACCUAUGCCUGUUCAGUUUAUUGUAGCCAUUAUAUUUGGAAGUCAUAUUUGGGGAACAAUGUGCAACGUGUUGUGGGACAGAGCGGGUAUUCCCGUCUGGGACAUAGGCGGCAUAUCGCUAGGAAAAGGCAUCCAUGUCAGAUCGGCGCGGGCCACCUGCAGUGAAGGAGAGCGCACCAUGCCUUCGCUGCUUGCUCUCCAUUCUCUGCUAUGGGAGUUCCAUAUACAGUCAAGCGAUUGCGCUCACCUAUUUUUUGGAAGCCCCAUGGCGGUGAAUGGAAAGUGCACCACGCAGGCGCGGCCACCUCUCCAUUCACAGCUAUGGGACUGCCGGAAAUAGCUGAUCCAGUGCUUGGCUAUUUUCUGAACCCCCAUAGUGGAGAACAGAGGGUGGCCACGCAUGCUCGGCUGCUGGCCCUGCACUUUGGGGGCCUGUUUUGGAGACGGGAGCAAGUCCCAGAGAUGAAACCCGAACCUAUCUGACAUUGAUGGCACAUCCUUGUGAUACGCAAUCAAUGUCCCAGACGGGACAACCACUUUAAUGGCCAAGACUAUAUGGAAGGAAUAAGUAGAAGCUGCAAGUAUAGUCAAGCAUCUGUAUCAUAAAGCACACAGAAGCAUCCUGCCUCUUCCCUGGAUGGCUGGUUAAAGAGUAAUUCUGCUUUUAAUUUUAAUUUUUUUUUUAUUCAAUGAUCCAGACGUUGAACUUGAGGUUACAUCAGGACCUAAGCUUCUUCUACAAGUAUUAAGUCCUCAUAUUGAAUGAUAGCAAAUCUUGUCUAUGUACAUUUGCUUUUACGAAACUCAUAACCGGUGGCCGAAUAAUAAAACAUUUUACGGAAAACAUCUG